AAUUCAGCUCUCCAGCUAAAAAAAAAGCAAUUUCUUCGUAUCCUUGCGUGUACGCACAUGCGCGCGAGUUGUGUUUAAAAUGAAAAGCGCGUAAUUUAUACUUUCAACUCGAUAGAAGGGUUAACUCGUUACGUUUACAGUUUCCCUCCGCAUCCUCGUAACACAGCGUGCACAAUGGCUGUGAGCGAAGGUAAUAUUUGUCCAGUGAGCGGCACGGGGAACGAAGAGAACCGGUCAGUUACCUGAGAAACACUCUAACUGGUAGCAGGACGAUCGGCGUUGUCGAUCGUUAACCUCAGAAGUUCUUCAGUGACACGGUACAUGUAUCUGGUGGGUCCACAGCGACUGCAGCACGUGGAGAUAUAAAGGCGGCGGGAAACGGCGUAUCGACGAUGACCAACACUUAAAAAAUUUCGAGUUUCGCGGCUUUUCUGGCACUCGAUUAUCAAAAUGCGUGAACAAGUCGAACAAUACGAUGCAGUAUCUGCUGUUGAUUCUGUGUGUCAUUCAUAUGAUCGUGACUUUGGAAACCACCGACGAAGAACGAGUAAAAGGAUUGGUGCAAGACUGGGCGCCUUUGGUAUGGCUUGCACCUGGUGAACUCUUUUUACCUCUUGGGGUACCCGAGUUCCUCGACAAUAUGCAAUUCGACGACGACUAUCUUCGCACCAAAAUCGACGUAGAAGUACUGUUAAGGAAUCGAUCGUCGUUUCUAUAUGGCCGGAAACCAGCGGGGACGGUGCCGGUUUAUGCUGUGAUCAAGAACUGCGUUGCUCCGGACGUCUCUGCGCACAUGAUAAAUUUGAAGACUGUCAGGGACGAAAAAAAGUCGCGAAAAAAGGCGGACGAGACAUUGAUAGCAUCGAGGAACGUGCAAAUCGACGAUUUCGGGUCGUCCAUGAUCCUCACCAACGAUCUCCCAGGACAAACUCGGAAGAGCGAUAUUGAACAGAGUCUAGAGAAGCAUGGCAAUUUUGAGAAAAAGAAGAAAAAAGAAAACAAGUCUUGGAAGCUGCACUUUCACGUGACCUAUUGGAUGUUCUAUCCGUUCAGCGAGGGAAAGGCAGUCUGUGUUCUAGAUCUUGGAUUUUUUGGUAGCUGGCCGAUACCCACGGUGGGUGGGAUGUGUCUCGGAAUACUCAAGGAAUAUGGCAAUCACGUGGGUGAUUGGGAACACAUGAGUCUUUACUUCAAGGAUGCAAAUUACCCAUCAGCCAUGUACGUGUCCGCUCACGAUGCCGGCGCGUUUUAUCGAUACGAUCUGCGAAGCGGAACUUUCGUUUACGACAGUCAAGAAACGCGAAAAGGCAUCUUCCAGAAACCUAUAUUUCCCGAAAGAGUUUUCACUGCUGGCGGCUCUCAUCCGAUAUUAUUCAGUGCGCGAGGAUCUCACGGACUCUGGACAGCGCCAGGGAAGCACAAAUUUGUCAGAUUACCCCGUCUCUAUGACGAGAGUGGCUUUGGUACUGCUUGGCCUACGUGGAAGAAGAUGGAAUUGCUUCUAAAGGAGGAUAAUAGCAUUUUACCCAGUUGGAUGACUUUUAGAGGCAAGUGGGGCAAUCCUAGAAGUAAUUGUCAUCCUCUGGCCAAACUUGGUUUCAACAUUUGCGAAUUCGUUGAUGGACCAACUGGUAUUCCUAUGAAACAGUCAAGCUUCCGAUGCUAGCUAUAUUUUUGAGAAUUUUUCAACAUGCUAUUCUGAUAAAUUAUCAGCAAGUAUUAAAAACAAUAAAAUAUUACAUGUUACGCAUGUUAAGCGGAUGCGAACAUAAAAAGUUGAAAAGUUAUUUGUAAUAAUUAAAAAGCAAAUAUUUAUGAUUAGUAAAAUACUGGCGCAUGACACGGCGUACAAAAAUUAUAGUUUAUUCAAAAUUAAUUUAUUACUAAAACACGAAUUUGUACAUGUAAUACGAAUUGUUGCUAA